CCGGAAGUUGCUCUCAAAAAUGCUGAAGUGCUGUGUGGAAGUGACUGGGGCUGCAGGAGUUGGAGUCGGUCCUCGGGCCUGAGCCUCGAGGCCGCGCUCCCGGGUGUCGUUGAUGUUUGGGGCCGACGGGCGCCCAGCGAUCGGAGCCGCCGCCGCCGCCGCCCGGAAGAGCUGGCAUUUCAGUCGAACAAUGGAAGAGCUUGUUCACGAUCUUGUCUCUGCACUGGAAGAGAGCUCUGAGCAAGCCCGAGGUGGAUUUGCUGAAACGGCAGAUCAUUCUCGAAAUCUGUCUUGCCCCCUGAAACGCCAGGCCCGGAAGAGGAGAGGGAGAAAGCGGAGGUCCUAUAAUGUUCACCACCCGUGGGAGACUACUGGCCACUGCUUAAGUGAAGGCUCCGAUUCUAGUUUGGAAGAGCCAAGUAAGGACUAUAGAGAGAGGCAUGGCAGUACUAAAAAGGAGCGCAGUGACUCCGAUGACCAAAUAUUAGUGGCGAAGCGGAGGCCGUCCUCAAACUUAAACAACAGUGUUCGAGGUAAGAGACUCCUGUGGCACGAGUCCGAUUUUGCAGUGGACAACCUUGGGAACAGAACGCUCCGCCGGAGGAGGAAGGUGAAGCGCAUGGCAGUGGACCUCCCGCAGGACAUUUCCACCAAAAGGACAAUGACGCAGCUGCCUGAGGGCUGUAGAGAUCAGGACAUGGACAGUGACAGAGCGAGCCAGUAUCCAGAGUUUACCCGGAGUAAAGUUAAGAAAAGGAAGUUGAAAGUGAGUAGACCUGGACCAAAAACCCCGGAGGAAGGAGUGGUUUUGGAAAGUGAGGAAAUAAGCCAGACCGACAAGGACAAAAUGGAGUAUGAGGAACAGAAAGCCUCGGACGAGCUCAGGAGUGAAAGUGACUCCAGCAGUCUCAGCAGCACUGACGCCGGCUUGUUCACCAAUGAUGAGGGAAGACAAGGUGAUGACGAGCAGAGUGACUGGUUCUAUGAGAAGGAGUCGGGAGGAGCCUGCGGGAUUGCUGGAGUUGUGCCCUGGUGGGAAAAGGAAAACCCGGCAGAGCUGGACACCAACCUACCCGACCCUGUGUUUGAGAGUAUCUUAAGUGGCUCCUUCCCUCUCAUGUCACAUCCUGGCAGAAGAGGUUUCCAAGCUAGACUCAGUUGCCUUCAUGGAAUGCCUUCAAAGAAUAUUAAAAAAUCUGGAGGGGCUCCACCUUCAAUGAUGUCUGCUCCUGGCCCUGUCAGUAACAAGAGGAUGGUUCACUUCUCCCCAGAUGCUCAUCACCAUGACCACUGGUUUAGCCCUGGGGCUAGGACAGAGCACGGCCAGCAUCAGCUUCUCAGAGAUAACCGAGCGGAAAGAGGACACAAGAAAAGCUGCUCCGUGAAAACAGCCAGCAGGCAAACAAGCAUGCAUUUAGGAUCCCUGUGCACGGGAGACAUCAAAAGGAGGAGAAAGGCUGCCCCGUUGCCUGGACCCACAGCAGCAGGAAUUGUGGGUGAAAAUGCCCAGCCAAUCCUAGAGAGCAACAUCGGGAACCGCAUGCUUCAGAGUAUGGGAUGGACACCCGGGUCAGGCCUUGGACGAGAUGGCAGAGGGAUCUCGGAGCCAGUUCAAGCCAUUCAGAGGCCGAAAGGGUUAGGACUUGGAUUUCCUCUACCAAAAAGCACUCCUACCAGCCCUGCCCCUGCAUCAGGAAAACCUGCCUGAGCAGAAAGGCAGAGAAGAGAGCCUGCAGCUUCUGUUGCCGUGCCCCAUUGUUAUAACAUGAUCAUAGAGCUUACUUGGUUGAAGCUGACCUUGGCGUUGCCUCCAGCAAGCUCCUAGGCUGCUUAGCAUCCUGCCACAGUGAUAGAAAUGGGAUUCCGUCACAACUCACGGUGCUGAAGUACGAACCUCACUGUUUUACGUUUCCUCGGUUUCCAGCAGUUUCUAGACAUGAACAGUUGGUCUCUUAUUUAUUUUGAUCCUAGACAUCAGUUCUUUCUGCUGUCUUGUUCAGUCCAUGCGUGUGUGUGAUGCUGGGACAGUCGAGCAUACCCACUGGGUCAGGUCGGAAAGGAUCACAUUCUCAUCAUGCCUACACUAAGUAGUUCUGUCCUUCCCCCUCCCCACAGGUUCCCUUCCCCACAUGCAGGGGUCGUAAGCACAUCUUCGAAGGCUUGGUAAGCUCACAUUCCUUUGCUUCAGCUCUGAUGAGGGUUUGUAACAAUGAUGCCCAUUACUUUUUUCAACAGUGUAGCAUAAAUUCACAGUGGACAGAUAGCAAUCAGUGUUCCCUCUGACAAGAGCUAACGUCACUGUUGCUGCUGUCAUCGUCAUCAUCAUUGUCGUCAUCACAGGAGCACUGUCAGCGUCACUCCAGUGUAGAGCUUAUACACUUUACCUCAGUUAGGACACAAAGUCAUUCCUAAAGGAAAACGUAUUUGUAAAUCAUCCUGAUUGAACUGUAAACCCUCCCCUCCAGAUGUCUACCUCUUCCCAAAGCCUGGGGUUUAAGGAUCAGCUCCAAGAUGAAGAAGAGUGGCUGGCUCAAGGUUUAGUCACUGAGGUAAAUUAUUAAACUCUUGAGUCAGUUUAUUUGAAGAUUUAAAUAGCUUUUCCCAAAACUGAGAUGUCUGGUAGUGGCCUAAUCCACUUACCAAGAACAGGAGAAACUGAGGGGACCCGUCACUCUCAGACUAAAACACUUUAAAAUGAAGCGAAACACUAUGUUCCUUUCAUUCCAUUUCUAAGUCAUUGUCUUCAUAAUGUCAGAAAAUUUAAGUUGUUCUUUUCAGAAAAUACUGAUUUAUUAUAAUCUUCAUUAAAAACCCUGAUAAUUAUUAUCACUUACAAUGGCCUCCUUUAUUCAGAAAAGGUUGUGAUAAUCCGUACUUGUAUGUCCUUGGACAAAGCAGUAUAAACUUCAAUUUUGUAAACUGAAAAAAUUUUUAAAAUAUUUAAGGCAAGAGAAAAGCUUUAAGUAGAUUAACAGACCUUUUCUAUGUGGUCCUUUAUAAAAAUGCAGCCUCUGCAGCCUGACAGAUGUCUGCAUUUCUGCUAGGAACUGUCUUCCCUGGAAGUGUCCGUGGUAAAAAGUGGGCCGUCUAGGACACAGCUGGACAGCCGUUUGUGCCUCUCGGAACACUGUGUUGGGGAAAGCAUUGCUGCUGGAACAAGCUCCUCUUUAGCAAACUGCCAUUUUUUCAUAGCUGUCUUUCUAAAUGCUUACUGUAUUCAUGUAGGCAGGAAGAUGGAAGAGACUGGACUCAAGGGUCUGUUCCAAACUUGUGUGCUCGUCUUUGAAUUUUAUUUCUUGAUGGUCUUGUAAAGCCCUAGGAGAGGACUUUUAAAGACUCAAUUUCAAGCCAGUGAGAAACAGUGAGGCCACUGCACGCUUGGCUGCAGGCUCCAGAGGAAGUGGCAUCCUAGAGGAUGUACAGGAGCAGCCCAUGUGCUGAGCAGUGGGGCUCCGGAACUGCUCUCUCUGAGCACUUUCCAUCACUGCCCUCUAGACAGUGUGAACCCUCUGCUGUGGCUUCUGCAGCAAGGUACUCACAAGCUGCUGUGACACCUGAGUUCUACUUUCACACAAGAAAACUUUUGACUCACGGGUGACUGGGGACAGUUCUUAUUCUACUAGUGUUUAUCUGUUCAGAGUGGAUGACCAGCACUUACAGGGGAACCAGUAGUCCCCAGCCCACUGCCAGCUGCCCACAGGCAUCCUUCAACAUUCAAUCAAGUCCUUGUAAAGAACAGCAAGAUACAGUGCUCUGGUAUGCCUGACCAUAGCUGAGAAGUAAACACAAUUAAAAUCGGAAACUUUCAUGUGAAUCAAAUGUCUGCUUGGGACAUGAAUCCCACUGGUUUACAUUUAAUAGAGAUUAAUAAAUCGUUGCCAGUUCAAAUCAGUUCCUGGAGCCCACAUCAGUGGAGUUCAUGAUCUUAAAUGUUUAUCAUAGUCUUAAGAGAUGUCCCCUGCAUCCUUGUGAGUCCACCCUGCUGUUCUGCAAGCUAGUCAGUUAGAGUCUCUACCCAUCCCAUUCAUUCCCUACCAUGGCCAAAGAAUCUAAGCAUAUCUGUGUUUGCAGUGUGACUCCACAUUGUGUGUCUCUGUUGUUGAUCAGGUGUGGGCUGCAGUUAUUUCCUCCCUUCUUCCUUGCCUAAAUAAAAUGUCUAAGGCUCAGUUCCCCUUAAAAUUUGUUUUUCUUUUGUUUUUAAAUGAUCUAGUGAAUUUAAAAGUGGCCAGCUAUGUUAACACCCACCUAUAUUCCCAGAAGUUGGGAGAUUGAGGCAGGAUUGCUAUGAGUCCAAAGCCAACCUCGACUAUGUAGUGAAUUCCAGGACAGACAGGGGUAUAUAAUGAUACUCUGUCUCAAAAAUAAAUAUCAAUGGAAAGCCAUUGCUAAGUGUAACUUAUCCGUAAAUUGGGCACCAUGUUUAAACACAGUUGUUUGGGACUCCUGUCUAUAGUGAUUAAGCAGACGAAAAUGUGAGACGGCAGGGUUAAAUGAGCAUGUUUGAUUAUGUGUACACAUGGUUGCAUUGCAGCCCAUGUUUGUUUGCAGUGUACAGACAUGAUUGAGAAGUUCUGCCCUUCAUUCAUGUUCAAC